AUGGCUCCCUCGAGUUCGCCAUUUCCUGCAUCCCAGAGUAAGAAGCAGGCGACAAUCUCAAGCUUCUUCUCCAAAAAGCCUUCCUCAACCCCCAAGCCACCUGCACGCCCUGCAGAGCCACCCAAGUCAUCGCCACCGCCCGCGAUCCAACCCGACGAAGCUCGCCAGAGCUCCGAUGAUGACGAUCAGGAGCCUACGGCGCCCCGGCGGAACUUCUCCAAUGCCUUGAAGCGUGCACAAACCAGCGAUGGCACUCGCGCAGCACCCGCCCCGAAGCCCAAGAGAGCGCGGAGAACGAUCGACGACGACGAAGACGACGACGACUUCAUCCCGGACCCUGCUGCGCGCCACCCUUCGCCCGACCCGGCAGCCGAGGUGCGCCAAUCCCUGGCCGGCGUGAGCGAGGCCGACCUCAAUGGCUCGCGCAGCCUCAAGGGCACCGAUAGGACGUCCAGGUUCAUCUUCUCGAGCUCGCCUGUCCGGACGGAGAAUCAGGAGCCGGACACGGAAGAGACGAGGAGGGCGAAGGAGAAACUGCACCAGAAGUUUGUCAAGAAGCUCGGCAGGCCCGACAGCAUUGCAGAGAUCAAAAGACGGCACGGUGCCAUUCCCGACGAGGCCGGUGAAGGUGAGGAUGCCGAGGACGAGGAUGCCGAGGACGAAGAGCCGCAAGCAAGGCCGAAAGCCAAAGGCAGAGGGCCGGCAAGGAAGGGCGCGUCGAAGUUGACGCCCAUGGAAAAGCAGAUCAUCGAUCUAAAACAAACGCAUCCAGACACCAUCCUCGUUGUUGAAGUGGGUUAUAAAUUCCGUUUCUUUGGAGAAGAUGCAAGGGUGGCUGCCAAGGAGCUGGGCAUUGUCUGCAUCCCCGGAAAAAUGAGGUUUGAUGAGCAUCCAUCCGAAGCCCAUCUGGAUCGGUUCGCUGGUGCAAGCUUCCCCACUCACAGACUACAUGUGCAUGUCAAGCGCCUAGUCGCAGCAGGCCACAAGGUCGGUGUGGUCAGACAGCUCGAGACUGCUGCGCUUAAGAAGGCUGGAGACAACCGGAACGCUCCCUUCGUCCGCAAGCUCACCAACCUCUACACAAAAGCCACCUACAUCGAUGAAGUCGAUGGCCUGGACGGGGCUGGUGCGAGUGCCAACCCCAACUCUCCAGCAACGGGAUAUAUCUUGUGCCUGACCGAGACCAACGCCAAAGGUUGGAGUACGGAUGAGAAGGUCCACUUAGGCAUUGUCGCCGUUCAGCCCGCGACGGGCGAUAUUGUCUAUGACGACUUCGAGGACGGCUUCAUGCGAAGCGAGAUCGAAACUCGGCUCCUUCACAUAGCACCAUGCGAGUUCCUCAUCAUCGGCCAUGUCUCGCGGGCCACGGAAAAGAUCGUCCAGCAUCUGUCAGGGUCCAAACGAAAUGUGUUCGGCGACCAAGCACGGGUGGAGCGGGUGGAGAAGCCGAAGACUAUGGCCGCUCAGGCGUACAGUCAUAUAUCAAGCUUCUAUGCCGACAGUGUGAAGAGUAGGGACGGCGACCCGGACUCCGCGGCGGCUGUUUUGGACAAAGUCCAUCAGCUCUCGGAGCAUGUUACCAUUUGCUUGUCAGCGCUAAUCACUCACAUGACGGAAUACGGCCUGGAACACGUCUUCGACUUGACGAAGAAUUUCCAGGCAUUCAGUGCCCGGUCUCACAUGCUGCUAAACGGAAAUACGUUGGGCAGUCUGGAGAUAUAUCAGAACCAGACCGAUCGCACGGUGAAAGGGAGUCUGUUCUGGACAUUGGACAGAACCAAGACUCGCUUCGGCCAGCGGCUUCUUCGCAAAUGGGUUGGGAGGCCUCUGCUCAACAAGGCCAAACUCGAAGAACGUGUCGGUGCCGUCGAGGAACUGCGGAAUGGCGAGAAUAUCGUUGCCAUGGAACAAUUGAAGAACUUGCUUUGCCAUGUAAGGACAGACUUGGAGAAAUCCCUGAUCCGCAUCUACUAUCAGAAGUGUACGCGACCGGAGCUGCUGGCGGUCCUGCAGGCACUACAACGCAUUGCCGGCGAGUAUGCACACGUUCAAUCUCCCGAGAAAUCCGGUUUCUCAUCACCAAUUGUCCAAGAAGCAAUUGCGAACCUGCCCCUGAUUGGCCAGGACGUUGUCAGUUUCCUGGAAAGACUUAACCUCCAGGCUGCCAAGGAAGACGACAAAUACGGCUUCUUCAGAGAAGAGCACGAGACCGAAGAUAUCACGGACCACAAGGUUGGCAUUGUCAGUGUGGAGCAUGACCUCAAAGAGCACAAGAAAGAGAUCGCCGAGACGUUGAAGAAGUCCAAGGUUGAGUAUGUGACCAAGGCAGGCAUCGAGUUUUUGAUCGAAGUGAACAACAGCGAGGUCAAGAAGGUCCCUGCUUCUUGGGCCAAGAUCAGCGGCACGAAGCAAGUUUCGCGUUUCCACACACCCGAGGUGGUACGACUCCUCAGGGCGCGGGAACAGCAUAAAGAAGCCUUGGCCGCUGCCUGCGACGCAGCGUUCAAAGACUUGUUGGCUGAGAUAGGUACCAAGUAUCAGUCCUUCCGAGAUUGUGUGCAGUCUCUGGCGACACUGGACUGUUUGCUGUCGCUUGCCGAGAUCAGCAAUCAGCCGGGCUACGUCAAACCAGAAUACACCGAAGACGUCCGUGUUGACGUCUCCGAGGGCCGGCACCCCAUGGUGGAGCAGCUCCUCCUGGACUCGUAUGUCCCCAACGAUAUAUCUCUCUCUACCGACGCCACCCGCGCCCUGCUCAUCACCGGGCCGAACAUGGGUGGCAAGUCCUCCUUCGUGCGCCAAGUUGCCCUCAUCUGCAUCAUGGCUCAGAUCGGCUCAUACGUGCCCGCCGCAUCGGCCAAACUCGGCAUGCUCGAUGCCGUGUUCACACGGAUGGGUGCCUUCGACAACAUGAUGGCGGGUGAGUCGACCUUCAUGGUCGAACUUUCCGAGACGGCGGACAUUCUCAAGCAGGCUUCACCGCGCUCUCUUGUCAUCCUCGACGAGCUCGGGCGCGGUACCAGCACCCACGACGGCGUCGCCAUCGCGCAGGCCGUCCUGGACUACAUGGUACGCGAUAUCAAGGCGCUCACGCUAUUCAUCACGCACUACCAGAACCUGGCGAAGCUGGUGGAUGGCUUUGACCAGGGCGAGCUGAAGAAUGUCCACAUGAAGUUCGAGGAGAGCAAGGAGGCGGACGGCAAGUGGGAGGAAAUCGCCUUCCUGUACGAAGUUGGCGAGGGCGUCGCGCACCGCAGUUACGGGCUCAACGUGGCGCGGCUGGCCGACGUACCGGAGGCCGUGUUGGAGGUCGCGGCUGCGAAGAGUAGGGAGCUGGAAGAGACUAUGAGGAAGAGGAGGGUGGUCGGGCUGACUGGCACCGUGUCCAAGAUGCUGGAAGAGGCAGGUGAUGUGGAGAUUGAUGCCAUUGUGAACGGCAUUGAGCAGCUGUGA